UUAUACUUGGCACAAUGUAGUCAGGCAAGUACCGUUCUCCUGGGAACUACAAAACCCAGACAAGGUCAUCAGAUUGCCAGACAGAGAAACAUGAUUCAUAACUCCAGAGAACACAUCUUCACUGUUCUAGAGUCCAGUGGUGGCUGGCUGAGUUGCUGAUGUUCCCAGUUGCUUCCACUUUGUUAUAUUACCACUAACAGUUGACCGUGAAAUAUUUAGUAGCAAAGAAAUUUCAUGGAUGGACUUAUUGCACAGGACUUAUUGCAACCUAUCAUGAUACCACGCUUGAAUUCACUCAGCUCCUGAGAGUGACCCAUUCUUUCACAAAUGUUUGUAGAAGUAGUCUGCAUACCUAG